UUCCUAUAUUUCGACAAAUGUCCAAGCAAUUAUGGAGCUACAGGAAACAAAUAAACUAACAAAACACAAAUUAGAACCAGAUAAUGGAGAUACGGAUGACAACAUGAAAAAAAGUAAACUGAGUGAAGACAUUAUUCAACCUGAUUCAUCCCUGGAUGAGGCAAAAGUUGAAGCACUUGAUCCUCUAAACUACACUCGGGCUGAAGAGUUCACUUCAGAGAUUUUUAAAAUCCAGAUAUAUAAUCUUCCCAAGUUUGGAUUUAGUGACUUGAAAAAAAGGCUGAAAUCAUCACUUCACUUGAAUCCACAUAAAAUUAAACACAUUGACAAGACACUUGUGACCUAUGUUUGUUUUAAGAAUGCAUCAGAUAGAGAUGAAGCAUUAAAGAAAAUCAAUGGGCAUGUUUGGAAAGGGAAAACUUUAGAAGCCAAGAUUGCUGCCCCUGUUGCAGAUCCUUAUUUACAGAAGCGUUUACAGGAAAAAGGUAAUGGCGCUUCCAAGAACAAUAAUGCUUCCAACAUAAUUGAAGAGAAUCUACCACUGUCAGCAGAAGAGGCAGAAAAAAGACUCCGGGCCAAUGUUAUUCCACUGUGGAACGUUGAUUACCCACAACAGUUGCAGAUGAAAACUGAUAAAAUAAAGAAUGUGUUGAGUCGAGUGCCUAAGAACAGUUUUGUAAAACAUAUGUUCAAAGACAGGUGGAAAAAUGGUGGAAUGGCGUGUGAGUUGUUACAAAUUGUCCCAUCUCCCAUUAUCACAGAAUACAGAAACAAAAAUGAAUUCACUAUUGGAUAUGGUUCAGAUGCUAAAACUAGGAUGGUAGGGUUCAGAUAUGGCAUGUACAAAGAUGGAACAACAUCAGUGGGAGACUGCACUAAUCUGGGGAUAGUCAUGCCUGCUGCCAUACCUGUCAUUAAGAGUUUUACAGAGUUUGUGUCACAGUCAGCCUAUCUGCCAUUCCACCAGCAGUCAGGUACUGGGAACUGGCAGACACUGACUGUUAGAACUUUAAGGACUGGAGAUGUCAUGGCCAUGAUUGAUUUCUUUCCUAGGAAGCUGGAUCAGUCUGAAAUAGCUAAAGCAAAAGAAUCAGUUAAAGAUUUCUUUACCACAGGACCUGGUAAAAACACGAACUUCAAGUCUCUUUACUUCAGGGUUGCUGGCAACAAGGGCCAAAAAGUUAAAGAUGGCUUGGAACUUUUACGGGGAGAACCACACGUUUAUGAAACUCUACUAGAUAUGAAGUUUCGCAUUUCACCAGAGGCAUUUUUUCAAGUAAACACACUAGCAACAGAAAAACUGUAUGAGUUGAUAGCAGAGUGGAGUUGUGUAUCUUUGAAAACUACAGUACUAGACAUCUGUUGUGGGACAGGGACCAUUGGUCUCUCCAUGGCAAAGAGAGUGAAGUCAGUGAUUGGUGUGGAGAUGUGUGAACAAGCAGUAGAAGAUGCUCAAGCUAAUGCCACAAUUAAUGGAAUAACAAAUGCAACAUUUCACUGUUCAAAAGUGGAAGAUGUGAUCAGUAAGAUAAUUUCAUCAUUACUCUCAUCAACUGAAACAGUAGAGGAUAUUGUUGCUGUAGUUGAUCCCCCAAGGGCAGGAUUACAUAAGGAUGUCAUUAAAAGUUUGAGAAAAUGUAAAGAAAUUCAGCGAUUGGUGUAUGUGUCCUGUAACCCUGAAAGUGCUUUAGAUAAUUUUAUUGAUCUGAUUCGCCCUGAAACAGGCAGGCACAAAGGGCUGCCGUAUACAAUGGUCAAAGCUGUCCCAGUUGACCUGUUUCCUGGCACCAACCAUUGUGAGCUGAUUAUACUGUUCACCCACCACACAGAGGAGAGUUCCAGUCAAAAUAUGGCAUCAACAGAAGGUUGUGAGCAACAAACAGCCUCAUCAUUGUGUGUACAAACUGAAUCUCUUCCACCAUCUAAACAAGUGGAAUCUCUGCCACCAUCUGAACCAGUGGAAUCCACCACAGAAGAGAUUUCUGAUAAAAACUGCAACAGCGAUGUUAAAGUUGAUGAGUGUGUAGAAGAACAUAAUGAAUUACCUCUAACAAGUGCGCCUGAUAAAACUGAUGAUCAUCCAGACUAAAACAAAAUUGCAAUAUUUCAAUAAAAGUUAUCUGUCA